ACGCAAGGCAUGCUGGGAGGCCGCACUUCCUGUCAGGGGCUUCUAGAAACCACAGGGCUGGGCAGCGCCCCGGCAGCCGGCAGGAUGGCAGAGGGCAAGGCCAGCGGGGCCGCGGGCCUCUUCGCCAAGCAGAUGCAGAAGAAGUUCAGCAGGGCCCAGGAGAAGGUUCUGCAGAAACUGGGGAAAACUGUAGAAACCAAAGAUGAGCGGUUUGAACAAAGUGCCAGCAACUUCUACCAACAACAGGCAGAAGGCUACAAGCUGUACAAGGAUCUGAAGAACUUCCUGAGCGCAGUCAAAGUGAUGCAUGAGAGCUCAAAGAGAAUGUCAGAGACCCUGCGGGAGGUCUACAGCAGCGACUGGGAUGGGCACGAGGAGCUGAAGGCCAUCGUGGGGAACAAUGACCUCCUUUGGGAAGACUACGAAGAGAAACUGGCCGACCAGGCUCUGAGGACCAUGGAAAACUAUGUGGCCCAGUUCAGUGAGAUUAAGGAGAGAAUCGCCAAGCGGGGCCGGAAACUGGUAGACUAUGAUAGCGCCCGACACCACCUGGAGGCCGUGCAGAGUGCGAAGAAGAAAGAUGAGGCCAAGACUGCCAAGGCAGAAGACGACUUCAGCAAGGCCCAGGCUGUGUUUGAAGAUCUGAACCAGGAACUUCUAGAGGAGCUGCCUGUCCUCUAUAACAGUCGUAUUGGCUGUUACGUGACUGUCUUCCAAAACAUUUCCAACUUGAGAGAUGUGUUCUACAGGGAGAUGAGCAAGCUGAACCACAGUCUCUACGAAGUGAUGACCAAGCUGGAGAAGCAGCAUUCCCACAAGGUCUUUGUGGUGAAAGGCCUGUCAAGCGGCAGCAGGCGCUCCCUAGUCAUCUCUGCCCCAGUUCGAGCCUCCACAGCCUCCAGCCCCGUGGCCUCACCUACCAGCCCUGUGACCUCACCUACCAGCCCUGUGGCCUCACCUACCAGCCCCUCAGCUCUGUCUGUGACCAGUGAGAGUGAGUCUUUCUCAGCAACUGGGGAAGAGCUGACCUCUGACGCGGCAGGAGAGGACAGCUGUGGGAGCAGAGAGUCCUUAAAAGAUGAGGAGGUGGAGGAAGAAGAGCAGUCUGAAACAAGCUCUUCAGAUGAGGAAGAACCAGGACCAGCCUGCAAUGGCCCCACACUGGCCCCACCCUCUACUGCAGCUGAGGUCACAUCCCAGGAGGAAGCUGCCCUGUGCUCCCCAGCUCCAUCCCUGGGCCGAGGUCAGACAGAGCCGUCGCCCCCAGAAGUGGUCCUCCGCACCCGCACCUCCAGUGAAGGAGCAGAGCAGACCAAGAAAGAAGCCUCUACCCAGAGGCUGUCAGCACCGCCUAGCAGGCCUCCGCCACCCAAAGCCCCUCCGAGCCCCCGGCUGGCCUCAGGCAGUGGGCCCUGCAGCCCUCCAACCUCUGCAGAGGGUUCACCAAGCCGCCCCAAAGCCCCCUUGGAAGCUUCCAAUCCUGACCCAGAGAAGCCGUUGAGGACGCCUGAGGCCAGAGAAAAGGAAGGCGCUGGCAGCCUGGGCCCAGAAGAGCCAUGUGCGCCUGCGGCUGUGAGUGACACCCAGGCAAGUGAGGGUCUGGUCGGGCCUUUUUCUGUUUGGUUUGGUUUGGCUUUUUAUCUCAUUUUGUUUUGGGGAGGCAGGGUGUCUCUCUCUAUGUAGUUUGGUGUUCUGGAGCUUGCUGUAUAGAUCGGGAAGGCCUGGAACUCACAGGGAUCUGCCGACCUCUCCUCCAGGGUGCCGGGAUUA